UAGUUAUCAACGCAGCAGAAGUCCCAGCAUCCCAAGCGAUACAGCUAGCUAACUAGUAAGCCAAACCGGCUUUUGACAAAUAUUUCUUAUAACAAAUAAUUUGUGGGUGCAAAACCAAUUUCAGAUUAAUACAUAGGAAACGGACAUUAUUGAUGUUGCAUACUGAAUAGGUAUGUAUGUUCUGGCUAACUUAAAUGUGCCUCAACAACCCUACAUCGUUGCAACAAAACAAAAAGACUAACUUAGCUAGCUAAUGCUUUUAGCCUUAGUAUAGGCAACAACAAAAAACAUGUCUAGUUAACAAGCUAUGUCACAGAUGAAAGGGUUAGUUAUAAGUAUCUCUGUCUAGGUAGAUAUUUUUACUCGAUUACAAGCUCGGGUACAUCAAGCAAUGUAGCAUGUCAGGGCGAAAGAGGACGCAAAUAUCCGUACCGGAGACCGAGGACCAAGUAAAAAGGGGCGUGUCACUGAGACAGGUGAGGUCUACCGUCCAUGACCAUGAGUGCGGUGUUGUUAAACCAGGGACAGUGAAGAGUCAGUACUUCUCCAAGGAGGGGGACCCUCAAAGGCUUGGAGAAGAGUUCUUCAACCAGCCCUGUAUAAGUUUGGCUAAAGCAUUCCUGGGCAAGGUAUUGGUCCGUCGGAGUGCGGACGGCACUGAGCUGAGAGGGAGGGUGGUGGAGACUGAGGCCUACCUGGGAGGAGAGGACAAAGCCUCUCACUCUGCUGGGGGAAAAUGCACUGAGAGGAACACAGCAAUGUUUAUGAAACCUGGCACCAUCUAUGUAUACCCCAUCUACGGCAUCUACCUCUGUAUGAAUGUUUCCAGUCAAGGGGAGGGUGCUGCCGUGCUUCUGCGGGCUCUGGAGCCUCUACAUGGCCUGCCUCUUAUGAGGCAGCUGCGGACAGCCAGGCGGAGGGAGGGGGCCCGGCCCCUGAAGGACAAGGAGCUAUGCAAUGGUCCCUCAAAGCUGUGCCAGGCCCUGGACAUACCACGCUGCUUCGACCGGAGAGACCUAGCCUCAGAGCCAGAGGUGUGGCUGGAGAGGGACCCCCAGAUAGGACCGCAGGAGCCAGACCUCAAGGAGGUGGUCUCAGCAAGCCGGAUCGGCAUUGACUCUCAUGGGGAAUGGGCCACCAAACCCCUUCGCUUCUAUCUGCGUGGUCACCACUGUGUGAGUGUAGUGGACAAACAGGCAGAGGCAGAGAGUUGAAACUGGGAAUAUUUUUGGAAUUGUAUCAAACCAUGAUGAGUACAUACUUAACGUUUUUUUUCUUAACUAUAACCAGGUUUUUACAGACAUAAUGCUAGAGCAAGUGAAAACAUGUCAGCUAUGAGCUAUUUCAGUCAUUUGGUCUAGCUAUGGGGAAAUCAUUGCAAAAGACCCAAAGCCAAAAUGUUUGCUCCGAGGGGAAUCCAGACUCAAUAUAUCAUUAUUUCUACUUAGAUACACACAUUGUUGCCCAAACACAAAUCCCACAGAUAUGGAAUAUGCCAUAUUUCUAUGCUACAAAUGAUUAAACUACAUUCCAAACAUCUGUAAAAUAUUUGAUCUAGCCUCCCCUCCCUGCUAUCAAAGCAACUAGAAUUUCCAUUCCAGUCAUUCUCAAUCUUCCACCUGUUUUUUAAUAAAAGUCCUUGCUUGAAAA